GCCGCAGCUGGGGAGUCUCAAAGUUUCAGUCUGAAGCGGUAGUGGAAAGUGGGCUCCGGGCGAGGGAUUUUCUUGGAAUGGGAGCUGAUUUCUUGCCUCUGGUUUGGAUGCACUUCCCUGCUUAACCCCUGCAGCCUCCGAUUCUAGCCGUGGGCGGCUGUUUCUCCGGGAUCCUCAGAUCUCCGAGGACCCCGGCCAGGGGAGCAGUCGUGUCCCUGCCCGGUCACUCGCUACAAGCGCACGCACACGCACGCACACGCUCAGGGCCUCUCGCCGGCCGGAGGCGGCACUGCGGACCCUCAGACCUAGACGGCCUCGCCCGGCCGGCUCCGAGCGCCAUGGAGGUGCUGGAGAGCGGCGAGCAGGGCGUCCUGCAGUGGGACCGCAAGCUGAGCGAGCUGUCAGAGCCGGGGGACGGCGAGGCCCUGCUGUACCACACGCACUUCUCAGAACUGCUGGAUGAGUUUUCCCAGAAUGUCCUGGGCCAGCUCCUGAAUGACCCUUUCCUCUCAGAGAAGAGUGUGUCCAUGGAUGUGGAGCCAUCCCCGACAUCCCCGGCGCCCCUCAUCCAGGCUGAGCAUAGCUACUCCCUGUGCGAGGAGCCCCCGGCCCAGUCCCCGUUCACCCACGUGACUCCCAGCGACAGCUUCAAUGAUGAGGAGGCGGAAGGUGAGAAGUGGUACCUGUCUAUGGACCUCCCUCCGACAACCAUCAAGACAGAGCCCAUCACUGAGGAGCCACCCCCAGGGCUUGCUCCCUCUGUCACACUGACCAUUACGGCUGUUUCCACCCCUUUUGAGAAGGAGGAGCCCCCUCUGGAAACAAAUGCUGGGGUCGAUUCCUCCUGCCAGACGAUAAUUCCUAAGAUUAAGCUGGAGCCUCAUGAAGUGGAUCAGUUCCUGAACUUCUCUCCUAAGGAAGCCUCAGUGGACCACCUGCACUUGCCACCCACCCCUCCCAGCAGCCACAGCAGUGACUCGGAGGGCAGCCUGAGCCCCAACCCACGCCUGCACCCCUUUGGCCUGUCUCAGACCCACAGUCCUGCCAGGGCCGUGCCCCGCGCCCCCUCUGCCCUGUCCGGAUCUCCUCUCCUUACGGCUCCGCAUGUGAGUAUCCUGGGCCUUUUGAGGCAGAAGGAACCUGCUCCAAAAGGUGCUGUAGUGGCCGGUGGGGAAAAGCAGGACCCUCACAGCAAGCUGCAUCUCCAGCCCUUUUCAUUUAGAUACAGGGUCUCUAAGUCACCAAGUUGUUCAGCCUGGCGAGCUCAUGCUUUCCCCACCUUUGCUUCUCAGAUUUCUGCACAGGAAAGUAGGAGAAAGAAGAAAGAGUACAUGGACAGCUUGGAAAAAAAAGUGGAGUCUUGUUCAACUGAGAACUUGGAGCUCCGGAAGAAGGUGGAGGUGCUGGAGAACACCAACAGGACUCUCCUUCAGCAACUCCAGAAGCUUCAGACUCUGGUGAUGGGCAAGGUUUCCAGGACCUGCAAGCUGGCUGGCACACAGACUGGCACCUGCCUCAUGGUCGUUGUGCUGUGCUUUGCUGUUGCCUUUGGCAGCUUAUUUCAGGGCUAUGGGCCCUACCCUUCUGCCACCAAGAUGGCGCUACCCAGCCAGCAUUCUCUGCCAGAGCCUUAUGCAGCCUCCAUUGUGAGAUCCAGGAACCUGCUGAUCUAUGAAGAACAUUCUCCACUGGAGGAACCGUCCGGCCCAGCCUCCACCGGGGAGCUCGGGGGCUGGGAGCCGGGCUCCUCCUUGCUCCGGGCAUCGGGGCUGGAGUCGCUGCCUGAUGUGGACCUUCAGCAUUUCCUUAUCUCCAACGAGACUGGCCUGGAGAAGGCAGUGCUGCUGGAGUUGCAGCAGCACCUGGUCAGCGCCAAACUGGAGGGGAACCAAACACUCAAAGUUGUAGAGCUGGACCGAAGAGUGAAUGCCACCUUCUAGGCGGCGUCUCCGCGCCCUCUCUCCUUUUACCUCUACUUUGUGUCUCUAAACCAUCGUGGUCACAGCUUUUCCUCUUUGCCACUGGAUCCGGAUGAAGACCUGGGCGAGCGCGCGCGGCGGGAACGCGAGGCACCGGCUAUCGCCACCAGCGCCUGGCUGCCUGUCGCCCCUUCUCUCACUGUCAUAGGAAGCUCUGUUAGGAGAAGGCCGGGACGGGACCGGCAGGCUCCUUUCUACCCGUAGUGCCAAGAUAACUGACUGACUCUCCCCUGCAAGGUGCGACCCCUCUUUGAAAAGAGAUGAUUCAUGUUCUCCCGAGACCCCAGCCCCUAGCCACAGACCUCUGCGGUGCCUGUUGCGAUCCAGUCAAGCACUGACUCUUGUCCAUCCUGCUUGCUUUCACCGCCCGGCCUCCCAGACGAAUGCCUAUAGCCCUGGGACCGCCCCUCCCUCCUCUGCCCUCUGGAGCCCCCCUGUCCCUGCCCUGGCGUGGACAGACAAGGGCUCCCGUUGUAUUCUCAGGCCGCACGUGCAAUGCCGAACAGCGUCAACCAGGCUGUUCUCCUCCAGGCGAAGCUGCCCAUCUUCGUGCUUGUAGGACCUCUCCCACCUACCAUCCGCCCGCAGGCCCACGCCCCUCCCUUCCAGCUCCCCGUCCCCGUUUGUAAAUAGUAUUUAUUAGCUUGGUGAGGCUUCCCACCCGUGACCACACUGGGACAGCCUGUGCCUCUCCCCCCAUGCUAAGGAAGUCUUUGGUCGCCUUUGGAGCUAGGAGGUCCCCCUGUAGGCACUGGGAUUCCCGAUAUUUCCACAUAAUGUUUUAUUUCCUUCCUUGCUUCUUUGAAAUUGGAGGCCUUAUGUAAUCAUUACACUUGAGAGUCCAUGUUAGCAAGUGCCUCGCGUUGCACGGAGGCGCGGGCGGAGUCAGGAGGUGCUCAGGCGCCCGGCUGUGUGGCCCCUGCUUUCUCCGGUUCGCAUAACAGGGAAGGGAAGCCUGUCCCCUCCAGUAGGCCUUGCUGCCCGCUUGACCUGCACGCCUGCCCGGCUCCACCCCUCCCCUCUCUCUCCUUCCCCUCUGCCUUCCUCCACCCGAGGGUUGAAUAGGGCACAUUCGCAUAGCCGCGUUCUUACCUUUUAUGGUCAAGUUAGGCUACUUUGCAGCUCACCCAAAGAGAUAUAACCUAACCCCCACUCUACUUUUAUUUUUUUUAAUGAUUAAAAAAAGUCACUUUUCUAGUUUAAAAAAAAAAAACUUUCCUCUUUCAUAUAAGAAAUGGAAAUUGCCUUUUUAUUGUAGAAGGUAGAAGAUUCCCUUAAGUGUUUUUUUUUUCUUAGCUUGUGAAAGAUUUGUGCAAGAAAUAUGCUUACAUUUGGUAUUUUAUGUUUAGUAGCAGUGAAGGGCCUUUAGCUUUGGCUUUUCUCUCUGUCUGUCUGUCUCUCUGUCUGCCUUUCUCUCUCUCUCUCUCUCU